CAUGGAGAAAGAGAAUCACAAGGUAGAUGCACAUGGUCAAGAGUACAAUCUGCAAGUAGGGAGAAAGAGAGAGAGCAUUGAGUGGCAGACGAGAGAAGCUCAAGAGAUGGGAAGGAGAAAGUCUAAAGCGUUUUUGGAGGAACAAAGAGUAACGGUAAAAGAAACUGAAACAAGAGAUCUGAUUCUCUUCUUUUACUGUCAUUGCAAAGUUGAAAAGACAACGGUACCUUGCUUUGUUAUAUACACUGUGGAUUUUCAUUUGAUAUACUUAUUCUCAGGACAAGAUUGACGAAAAGAGACAGAGAGAUGUGGAGAAGCUGGAGAUAGAGGCUGAAGAGAUUUCUGAGGAACAAAGAUUGAAGGUAGAAAAAAACGGAGGGAGGCUAGUUCGAGACUUGAGUCAGGUGUUUGAAUUUGAAUCAUCAAACAUUUUCUCUCAAUUGCUUUUUUGAAAUCUGAUCUUAUGUCCAUUUGAAGAAUGGUUCCGAUAUAUAUAUAUAUCAGUCAUUCCAUUUGUAAAAAAGACGAGCUUUAUAUCAUUGUUUUGACUUCUACUAAUCCAUGGUUGUGAUAAGAUGAUAGUUCGAGUCAUUCCCUUUACGAUUUCAAUUAUGAUGGGAAGAAAGUGGAAUUCAAAAAACUAAAAUAAAAUACAUUACAAUUUUGUCUCACAGAUAUACAUUUAUUUUUGUAAAAUGUUUUGAAGCAAUUAUUUAUUGCCGUAACCACCAGAAUAGCUGUUCAAGAAACAAAAUCCGAUUUUUUUAGAGAACGAGAAACAUUUUCCCUCCAAAAAAAAGUCAAGUGGUACGUAUUAUAUUAAAAAAAAGUACAGUUAAUGGAAAAACUAGCUUGCCAAGCAAGAAACUUUAAGGGGUUGCAUUUAAAAGAAUCAACUUUAGAGUUUGCAUAAGAGAAGAGAGAAUAAAGAGAAGAGAGAAACCAAAAAAACAACAGUAAGAACCCAGAGAAGAGAAUCGAAGAGGCUAAAGGAACUUACUCUGCAGGAACAGAGUCGAUUUCCAUGGAAGAAACCAAGGAACGGAAUAUGGAUCUGAGGUCGAGCAAAUCUGAUGUUAGAACUCAUCGGAGACACAAAAGGGAUCCAAGAAUCUGCGCAGAGAAGAGGGACAACAAAGACUCCGGCUUAAGAAUAAACGAAUCUCAUCAGACUCACGAUCACAAAGAGUCGUACGCAGACAUACAGAGAGCGAGAGAUGUUGAGAUGCAACAGCAGGGACGCCAUGGAUCAGAGUCCAAGAAUAAGGUAAAAAGAAACAGUGGUUAUCAAGUUCAUCCAGGUGAAAGAAUCUGCCCGAGUUAUCUACAGACAGGUCUCUGUGAACAUGGAAGCAAUUGCCUUUUCAAUCAUCCUACUUGUAAGUUCUUUCGGAGAGGAUUUUGUAAGGACGGGUCAGAUUGUAAAUUUAUUCACGCAAAGAACAAUGAAGCUCUUCGUUUACCUAAUACUAUGCGUCAACCACUUUCUCACCCAAAGGACAGGGAUGGUGCAGACACUAUGCGUCAGGGUUCGGGGAGGCACGAAACAGAGUCAGCUUACAGACCAGAGGAGAAGAAGUAUAACGAUCCGCAGGAACAGAGAGAUAACACUGAGUGGCAAAGGGGAGAGGCUCAGGAGAAUGUUCAUGAACAUAGACAGAGAGACAUCACUGAUUGUCAGAGAUAUUAUGAGAUGGGAAGGAGGGACGCUCAAGAGAUUGUUGUGAAGCAACAUAGACAGAGAGACAUCACUGAGAGUCUGAGAUAUUUUGAGAUGGGAAGGAGAGACGCUCAAGUGAUUGUGCAGCAACAUAGGCAGAGAGAGGCCAGUGGGCGGCAGAGAUACCUUGAGGAGGAAAAGAGUGAGGAGGCGCAGGAGAAUGAUCAGGAACAAAGAUUGAUGGUUACAACUUUGGAUGGGAGAUUUGAUGAGAGAAGACAUGAAACAGAGUCAAGCUCUAUGGCAGAGAAGAGGGAAGAAUUAUUCACGAGUCUCCAGAGCGUGUUUAAAGAUGUAAUUGAUGAUAUAGCGGCGGGAUACGAGCGAGUGGGGACCGAACAUGGAGAGGGAAAUGUUGGGAGGCAGAGGGUAGAAGCUGAAGAGAUUGUCCAGGAACAGAGUAAUAGAGAUGGCGAUGUGCUUUAAGAGGAAACAGAGUUACGAGACACACCAAAGAAGAACUAUCAGAGUGUUUGGGAUUCAAGAAACCGAUACAUGUUGGGAAGAUUUAGGUCAAACUUUUCGUAGUUUCAAUCUUGUGAUUUAUUAUCCAUUGUUUUUUUCUUAGGUCGGUUGAUCACUCACUUCUUACAUUUGCAAAAAAAAUAAAAAUAUAGCUAAAUACAGUUCCGAAAAGUAGUGUAGUCAAUCGCAUUAGUAUGAAAGUAGAAAUAGAUUCUGAUCAUAUCUAAAAUUUAGACGCCAAUAUUCUUGUAUUUUUUUACUAAGAGAAAGAAUCAUAUACGUAUUAGUAAAGUUAUUUGGUAUGCUGAAAAUGAUCGUUUGAAAUGCAAUUUAUGAUGUUGAAACUCUCUUGCUCUAUUGGUUUAACUAAAUAUUCAUUAAUGUUUCUAUACCAUGAAGUAUGAAUUUUAAGUUCUAGGGAAAGAGAACUAUAUGAAUAUAAAUGUUACAAGAGAUCUUCAAAGAGUACUUCUAUUACAAACUAUAAAAAUAUUAUAUAGACAACUAUACAACUGAUAAUUUUAAUAGUAUACUCCAUCAUAAAUUAUGAAAGAUUCACUCAUGACAUAGCACUUUUACUUAUACUAUAUUAGAGAGAUCUCAUGCAAGUUUUUCUCUAUUAAUUGUAUAUUUCAUCUUAUGUGAAACUUGAAAAUAUAUAAAUAUUAAUAAACUUAUGAUCAAACCACAGAGCUGAUUUCCUCUUGUGUUACAUCUUUAACCCAUUGUUUUCACUCUUUAAGGAAAUAGAUUUUGGAUUCAGAACAAAAACGUAGAAACCAAAGAACUAAUAUUAACAGUAGGCCAAAAACAAUUAUCCCAUAAAUCCUACAAAUUUAUGUUAUGUAGAUAUAUAAAAUUGUGGGAUCUGUUGAAUAAUUGUAACUUUUUAACAAAUAAUUGUAACUUUAAGAAGUAAAAUUUUAAUUUUAACAAACAGCUGGGGUACUCAAGCAUCUCCUGCGAGUUUGAUUCAGCGCAAAUCAUCCAAGAUGUUAACUCUGUUUCAACAGUUUUGGAACUUUAUGGCAUCACUGCCGAUGUUAGCUCUAUGGUCACCUCUUUUGUUUUAUCUCUUUUUGCCGGAGCUAUCGUGUGCGUAACAGUGUUGCUGAUAGGUUAGUGAAACAGGUCUUGGCCGAUGAGCUUGUCUUUUUGUCUAUCACCUAACUUUUGAGAAUCAUUUAAUAUAGGUUUGUGUUAAAAAACAGCAUUUUAAUAAAAUAACAAUUAAUUAUUGUUUUAGAAUGAUAAUUUAAUUGAAUCAACAACAUUUCUCUCAGUUUGGUUUAUAAAACAUCAAAUCGAAGAAUAUAUUUUUAUUGGGACCAUAGACAAUUUAAUAAAAACUUUAAUAACUUAAUAUUUAUAAUUAAAGAGAUAUAAAAAAGUAUGUGUAUUAACUUAAAACUGGGGAUACAAAUUUGGGGGCAACACCAAAUGUUUUAUUGAUUUAUGCCUAGGACCGCCCAUGAUUCUUAUUAGAGCUGUUUAAGUUAGUUUUCUUCUGAUGAACCCCACAGUAGGGUUGGAUCUGGGCACAACCUAAUAAAAUAUCGGCCUUCGUCAGAGACGUCAACCAUAGCGUGCUUUUCAUAGUUUGAUUGGCUCUCCUUGCUGCUUUCGAUGUCGACUUCUGGGGUUUUGAGGAUAACCCCUGUAAUGGCGUCAACUGCUUUCAAGGAGCUUUCUCUUGUCGGUUCGGUCGCUUGUUUUUCAAGCAGUUUCACUUCUCCUCCAGUUCUUCAUUUCCCUUCUCCCAAGCUUCAGCAGAUAACCUCUUCAUUUACUUGCUGUCUCUGCCGCAUCCUUUGUGUCGUGUAGCCGGAUGGGGAGCUGCAUUUACCGGCUGCGCUUGACAGUAACUUGUGCUUUCACUUUCAGCGGUGUUUCCUCAGGUCUACAAUUUUGUCGUCUGCUACAUUAGCUUGAGCCCGUUUUUCAGCUUCUUCCUCCUCUAGUGGAGCUCCAGUCGCCUUUUUCGAUCCCUGCUUGAGCCACUUCGGUGAGUGCUUGACUGAACUUGCCUCUAGCUAUUCUCUUGAUGGUCUGGUUACUCUAGUUGUCAGGAAGCGCUUGGGUGGGGAAUUUAAUUUGAUGUCUGUUGUCCUAUAAUGUUUAUUAACUUCAAAGUUAAUCAUCCUUGGCAAGCUUUGAGUUAAUCUCUUUGUGUCUUGGGGGUUUUUUAAAACUUUUUGCGGCCCCUAAGAUUCAGAAUGGCUCUAGAGUCGAAUCUGGUCGUGAUCCAUUUUGUAACCAAACCUUCUUGAUUAAUGACAUUUACAAUUUAGCAAAAAAAAGUUAUCGGUCUUCAUUUUUAAAAAAUUCUGGAAGUUUUUUAUAUGAGUACUGUAUAUAGAUUUCCAAAUUGCAAAAAAAUUUUAUUAUGUUAUUAAAAAUGUUUAUAGCUUCUAAAAUUUCACAUCAGGCCAGGGCCCAGAUAAAUUCUGAAUCAGAGAGGCAUAUCAGAACUAGCCAACUAGGGUUUAAGAAAAAGAAGGCGAUGGGUUUUAGGAGGAAUCAAUAAACGAUGGACUUACGUU